AUGCCUCCUCGUGGUGCUCCGGCUGCUCCGGUUGAUCCUGUUCUGGAUCAGACAAGUCCUUUUUAUGUUCAUCCUAAUGACGGUCCCUCCUCCAUCACUGUCACGCCAGUUCUGAACGGUUCCAACUAUCACUCUUGGGUGUGUGCUAUGCGUCGAGCUCUCGGCGAUAAGAUGAAGUUUGAUUUUGUCGGCGGUUCAAUUCCGGUUCCAAUCGAUCCGUUUGAUCUGUCUCUGCGUGCUUGGAAUCGAUGCAAUAUGCUCGUUCAUUCUUGGAUCCUCAACUCUGUAUCCGAAUCGAUCGCUCAAUCCAUUGUGUUCAUGGACAACACAAUCGAUGUGUGGAACGACUUGAAGGGACGUUUUCCGAUGUGCAACUGCCGCGUGAAAUGCAAUUGUGAUGCAAUGCGCAAUGCUCGUACCAAUCAUCACUUCGAUAUGGUUAAGUCUCAGAUCCUUCUCAUGGAUCCUCUUCCUCCCUUGAAUAAGAUCUUCUCUAUGGUGAUUCAGAAUGAGCGCCAAGGUAAUUUCACUCCUUCUGAAGACUCUAAAGCUUUGAUUAAUGCUACGAAUUUUAGGCCUUCUAGUUCUGCUUCAAGUUCUAAGAAUUCCAGGUUAAAUUCUUCUGCUGUUAUUUUCAAUAGUAUGCAAUGUGUAAUUCAGGAGCAAGGAACUUGGAAGACGAUUGGUUCUGCUGAAGUUGUAGAUGGAUUGUAUUACCUCAAUCACAAGUUCAAGCCAGUUUAUGUUUCUGCUAUAUCCAACAAUGAACAUGCUAUUUUCAACAUUCCUAAUAAAGCCCUAUGGCAUUUUAGAUUAGGCCACUUGUCCUAA